CAGAUACUUCAUAAAGGUUAUCACAUUGUGUCAAAACUAUAGCUAAUAUUCUCAAGUUGAUGGAAUGCUUCGCGUUGGUCCACUGAUAAAAACAUGGCGGAUGGAAGUAUUGUAAAAGAAGCUGCUCUGCGAUAUCAACGAAGGCGCCCUAGGCCGCUAAUACCGCUUGUCCGAGAUGAGAGUAUGGAGCAGUCGGAGGGGAGUACAACACCGCUUUCAUUGGAACAAAGAACAACGGAGAGCUUUACUACAGUGCCUACCAUACAGACACUUAGAAGACCUAAAUUUGUUGACAGGCAAUUACAGUUUAGGAAUACAGCAUUCUGUUUACCAUUUAUUCAAUGCAAGUUCCAAACAAGAGAAGCGAAAGCUUUAAUCAACACGUGUGUGUUAUCAUCUAUUAUCAACAGAAGACUUUACCAAGAUUUGUUUUUCGAAGAAGCGUCAUUCCAAGCAUACGACAUGGCCAGAGGUGUUCCAUUUGUAAUAAAUAACAGACUCAUUCAUUUUGACUUUAUUAUUCGCGGAGAUGUACCAGACUUGGUUCUUGGACUGGAUUUCUUCACACAACUAGAGUGUGCUCUGGACUUUGGAACACGCCAAUUCAUAGUAAGACAAGAUCCGCAGGUAUCAACGACACUGCUUUGCGAACGAGAACUACCACUGCGAUACAGAAACGUGCACAAUCUAUUAGCCUCGUUUUGAAUAUAUUCACGUUUUACAAAAGUGAAACGAAUAUGGGAGAUUUUAGAAAGAACAGGUAGAAUGUGAUGUUGCGUCAGACAAUUACAACAUAAAGGUUUUGUAGAUAGAAAACGAUUGAGUUUGAAAUUGUUUGUAAACAUGAAUUGAAUUUUUAUAGCAAAUGACUCCGAAUAAGUAACACGACGAAGAGUUCAGAGUUACGUACACAUAUUAAAGGGGGAGGGGGCAAUACCUUUUUGUGUUAACCUGUAAUGGCCCUUUCCAUUGUGUUGUUAACUGUUAUCUGAGAUCAAUUUAAGCUGUUCAGAGAACAACGGGGAAAAAAUGCAGAUUAAUAAUAAAAAUUUAAAAAUAAAAAUAAAAUAAAUGAUGUGCUUAAAUAAAAAGAA